AUGUCUCCAUACUCCCCGACACAGAGUCUGUCACAUCACAUCCUCCCCACAUGUCUCCAUACUCCCCGACACAGAGUCUGUCACAUCACAUCCUCCCUACAUGUCUCCAUACUCCCCGACACAGAGCCUGUCACAUCACAUCCUCCCUACAUGUCUCCAUACUCCCCGACACAGAAUCUGUCACAUCACAUCCUCCCUACAUGUCUCCAUACUCCCCGACACAGAGCCUGUCACAUCACAUCCUCCCUACAUGUCUCCAUACUCCCCGACACAGAGUCUGUCACAUCACAUCCCCCCUACAUGUCUCCAUACUCCCCGACACAGAGCCUGUCACAUCACAUCCUCCCUACAUGUCUCCAUACUCCCCGACACAGAGUCUGUCACAUCACAUCCUGCCUACAUGUCUCCAUACUCCCCGACACAGAGUCUGUCACAUCACAUCCUCCCUACAUGUCUCCAUACUCCCCGACACAGAGUCUGUCACAUCACAUCCUCCCUACAUGUCUCCAUACUCCCCGACACAGAGUCUGUCACAUCACAUCCUCCCUACAUGUCUCCAUACUCCCCGCCACAGAGUCUGUCACAUCACAUCCCCCCUACAUGUCUCCAUACUCCCCGACACAGAGUCUGUCACAUCACAUCCUCCCUACAUGUCUCCAUACUCCCCGACACAGAGUCUGUCACAUCACAUCCUCCCUACAUGUCUCCAUACUCCCCGCCACAGAGUCUGUCACAUCACAUCCUCCCCACAUGUCUCAAUACUCCCCGCCACAGAACCUGUCACAUCACAUCCUCCUAACAUGUCUCCAUACUCCCCGACACAGAGUCUGUCACAUCACAUCCUCCCCACAUGUCUCCAUACUCCCCGACACAGAGUCUGUCACAUCACAUCCUCCCUACAUGUCUCCAUACUCCCCGACACAGAGUCUGUCACAUCACAUCCUCCCCACAUGUCUCCAUACUCCCCGACACAGAGUCUGUCACAUCACAUCCUCCCUACAUGUCUCCAUACUCCCCGACACAGAGCCUGUCACAUCACAUCCUCCCUACAUGUCUCCAUACUCCCCGACACAGAAUCUGUCACAUCACAUCCCCCCUACAUGUCUCCAUACUCCCCGACACAGAGCCUGUCACAUCACAUCCUCCCUACAUGUCUCCAUACUCCCUGACACAGAGUCUGUCACAUCACAUCCUGCCUACAUGUCUCCAUACUCCCCGACACAGAGUCUGUCACAUCACAUCCUCCCUACAUGUCUCCAUACUCCCCGCCACAGAGUCUGUCACAUCACAUCCUCCCUACAUGUCUCCAUACUCCCCGACACAGAGUCUGUCACAUCACAUCCUCCCUACAUGUCUCCAUACUCCCCGCCACAGAGUCUGUCACAUCACAUCCUCCCUACAUGUCUCCAUACUCCCCGACACAGAGUCUGUCACAUCACAUCCUGCCUACAUGUCUCCAUACUCCCCGACACAGAGUCUGUCACAUCACAUCCCCCCUACAUGUCUCCAUACUCCCCGCCACAGAGUCUGUCACAUCACAUCCUCCCUACAUGUCUCCAUACUCCCCGACACAGAGUCUGUCACAUCACAUCCUCCCUACAUGUCUCCAUACUCCCCGACACAGAGCCUGUCACAUCACAUCCUCCCUACAUGUCUCCAUACUCCCCGCCACAGAGCCUGUCACAUCACAUCCUCCCUACAUGUCUCCAUACUCCCCGACACAGAGUCUGUCACAUCACAUCCUCCCCACAUGUCUCCAUACUCCCCGACACAGAGUCUGUCACAUCACAUCCUCCCUACAUGUCUCCAUACUCCCCGACACAGAGCCUGUCACAUCACAUCCUCCCUACAUGUCUCCAUACUCCCCGACACAGAAUCUGUCACAUCACAUCCCCCCUACAUGUCUCCAUACUCCCCGACACAGAGCCUGUCACAUCACAUCCUCCCUACAUGUCUCCAUACUCCCCGACACAGAGUCUGUCACAUCACAUCCCCCCUACAUGUCUCCAUACUCCCCGACACAGAGCCUGUCACAUCACAUCCUCCCUACAUGUCUCCAUACUCCCCGACACAGAGUCUGUCACAUCACAUCCUGCCUACAUGUCUCCAUACUCCCCGACACAGAGUCUGUCACAUCACAUCCUCCCUACAUGUCUCCAUACUCCCCGACACAGAGUCUGUCACAUCACAUCCUCCCUACAUGUCUCCAUACUCCCCGACACAGAGUCUGUCACAUCACAUCCUCCCUACAUGUCUCCAUACUCCCCGCCACAGAGUCUGUCACAUCACAUCCCCCCUACAUGUCUCCAUACUCCCCGACACAGAGUCUGUCACAUCACAUCCUCCCUACAUGUCUCCAUACUCCCCGCCACAGAGUCUGUCACAUCACAUCCUCCCCACAUGUCUCAAUACUCCCCGCCACAGAACCUGUCACAUCACAUCCUCCUAACAUGUCUCCAUACUCCCCGACACAGAGUCUGUCACAUCACAUCCUCCCCACAUGUCUCCAUACUCCCCGACACAGAGUCUGUCACAUCACAUCCUCCCUACAUGUCUCCAUACUCCCCGACACAGAGUCUGUCACAUCACAUCCUCCCCACAUGUCUCCAUACUCCCCGACACAGAGUCUGUCACAUCACAUCCUCCCUACAUGUCUCCAUACUCCCCGACAAAGAGCCUGUCACAUCACAUCCUCCCUACAUGUCUCCAUACUCCCCGACACAGAAUCUGUCACAUCACAUCCCCCCUACAUGUCUCCAUACUCCCCGACACAGAGCCUGUCACAUCACAUCCUCCCUACAUGUCUCCAUACUCCCUGACACAGAGUCUGUCACAUCACAUCCUGCCUACAUGUCUCCAUACUCCCCGACACAGAGUCUGUCACAUCACAUCCUCCCUACAUGUCUCCAUACUCCCCGCCACAGAGUCUGUCACAUCACAUCCUCCCUACAUGUCUCCAUACUCCCCGACACAGAGUCUGUCACAUCACAUCCUCCCUACAUGUCUCCAUACUCCCCGACACAGAGUCUGUCACAUCACAUCCCCCCUACAUGUCUCCAUACUCCCCGACACAGAGUCUGUCACAUCACAUCCUCCCUACAUGUCUCCAUACUCCCCGACACAGAGUCUGUCACAUCACAUCCUCCCUACAUGUCUCCAUACUCCCCGACACAGAGUCUGUCACAUCACAUCCUCCCCACAUGUCUCCAUACUCCCCGCCACAGAACCUGUCACAUCACAUCCUCCUAA